AUGGCAACAGCCACCCGUGUGAAGGAUCUUGCAGAUAAUCAGGAAUCGAUGGCGGGCAUGAUGAACAUACAUAUCAAUGCCAUGAAACAACAGGCUACGAUGGUACUCUCGAAACAACGGGCCGCGGCAAUGUUCUUUCAACAGCAGGAGCUAAUACCGCCUUUGACCGCAGGCUUCCCACAGUUCUGCCGACUCCCAAUGGAGCUUCGAAAGAUUAUUUGGCAAAUGACACUGCCAGAUUCCCGUGUCUUCGAGCCAUACGACAUCGAACAUCGUCCGCGUCUCCGCAAACGCUUUGAACCCCCGGCAAUCCUAGCCGUAUGUAAAGAAUCUCGGAAGGUGGCGAACGAACAUGGAACUUUCAUCUUCGGCUGGGAAAAGUCAAUUGGCGAAAGUGUUUGGUUUAACCCCAAAAAGGACGUCGUCAUCAUGGAGGAUGCCCUGGCUUUCGCAGGGCUCUGGCCGGCUCUUCUGAAAUCUCAGGUUGAGAUUCUUGCUUUUCACUGGACUUACUUCCGAAGUCAUGAACAAGUUAGGGACCUCUGGGAUUGUAUCGAGGACGUCCCGAGCUGCCGAAGAGUCAUCAUUCUCUACCGUUCACCAUCCAACUACAUAUACAGCGACGAGAAGGUGCCAAAGCUAUUCAGUCUCAAGCCCAGCGACAUUGUCCUCGGAAGUGCGAUGGAAUGGAUGUCAUUCAUUAACUUCAAGCGGGUUGAGGAAGGCAUAACAUGGGAGGGAUUCAAGCGCGAGAUGGAAGAUCUCUGCCGCAGACGCCAUGUCGGGAAAGAUGAGGCUUUUCCGCCCCUAGAGGGGAUGGAGCUGAUCAUGUGCAAGGAGGAUCGGACCUUUCAUGGAUAG